CUGCUGCCCCCUGUGGUGAACCUGGAAAUUGGAGUGAGNCCUCCUGACUCUCUGCUGCCCCCUGUGGUGAACCUGGAAAUUGGAGUGAGCCCUCCUGACUCUCUGCUGCCCCCUGUGGUGAACCUGGGAACCGGGGGGAAUUUCCAGUGGGGAAGGAACUCCACUCUCUUUCUUCUCGGUGUCACCUGGAGGUUUCAGCUUUGUCGAAGCAGGACUGGAUGAAAUAUUUGGGCUCUCCACGCAGGGAAGGUGUCCCGAAGCUGAGCCCGGUCUGCUCGUGGGUCUGCGGGUUCUGCGUGGGGAGGAAAUAAUGACGGACAUGAGUGAACUGAAGUGAAGCGGAACGAGCCCAACUGUCACACUUCAAACUGACUUCCACCUGAGCGAGCUGACCAGACAAGAUGGCUGCUGACGAGAACUACCUGCACGCCUCCAGCCAGAUGUUCGACACCAUGAUGGACCCGUCCUUCCUGGAGUAUUCCCACUUCGUCCCGAUGCCGCAGAUGACGGCUGUGCAGUCAGUGGACGGACCGUACCUGCAGAUCCUGGAGCAGCCCAAACAGCGCGGCUUCAGGUUCCGCUACGGCUGCGAAGGUCCGUCGCACGGCGGCCUGCCGGGAGCCUCUAGCGAGAAGAACAGGAAGACGUACCCGACGGUGAAGAUAUGUAACUACCAGGGUCAGGCCCGGGUCGUGGUCCAGCUGGUGACGGCGCUGACCCAGCUGCCGCAGCUUCACGCCCACAGCCUGGUGGGGAAGCAGUGCGAUAAAGGCAUCUGCAUCGCUGACCUGCAGUCCAAAGACUCCACCAUCAGUUUUCCCAACCUGGGGAUCCUCCAUGUGACCAAGAAGAACGUGGCGAAGACGCUGGAGGAGCGGAUGGUGGAGGCCUUCAGGAUGGGCUACAACUGCGGCGUCGCCAUCCACCCGGAGGUCGACGCGCUGCAGGGGGAGGUCCGGGUCCCGCGGGAGCUCAGCGACCAGCAGCGCAGCCUGAUCAGCAGCGCCGCAGCCGCCCAGGCCAAAGAGAUGGACCUGAGCGUGGUGCGCCUCAUGUUCACCGCCUUCCUGCCCGACAGCGACGGCGGCUUCUCCCGACGCCUGGAGCCCUCGGUGUCCGAGCCCAUCUACGACAGCAAGGCUCCAAACGCCUCAAACCUGAAGAUCGUCAGGAUGGACCGGACCGCCGGCUGCGUGACGGGGGGAGAGGAGGUCUACCUGCUCUGUGACAAGGUGCAGAAAGAUGACAUUCAGGUGCGGUUCUACGAGGAGGACGACUCAGGCCUGACCUGGGAGGCUCUGGGCGAUUUCUCCCCCACAGACGUCCACAGACAGUUUGCCAUCGUCUUCAAGACCCCGAAGUAUCGAGACCAAAACCUGCAGAAGCCAACGUCUGUCUUCGUCCAGCUAAAGAGGAAAUCCGACAACGAGACCAGCGAGCCCAAACCCUUCACCUACCAUCCGCAGAUCAUAGGACCCAAACGUGGUUCUGUUGAAGCUUUGCAGAGUGAAGCUGCAGACGACAGCGGCGACGACAGCGACCCGGACACCGACCCGGCGCCGGGCGCUGCGCUACGAGGCUCCGCCCAGUCAGGAGGUUCCGCCCAAUCAGGUGCCUCCAGUGUGGAUCCAGACGAGGCGCUGAUGGAGGCGACCCGCCGGCAGCUCGACGCUCUCUUCCGAUACUCCGUCACCGGCGACUCGGCGUACCUGCUGGCUCCACAGCGCCCUCUGAUGGCGGCACAGGACGAAGACGGAGACACUGGGCUGCAUCUGGCGGUGCUGCACAGCCAGCAGGAGGCGCUGACGAGUCUGACACAGGUGGUGUCCGCCCUGACGGGGGGAGAGGUGCUCAACAUGAGGAACCACCUGUACCAGACUCCUCUGCACCUGGCGGUCAUCACUCAGCAGAAGCAGGCGGCCGAAGUUCUGCUGCUGGCCGGCGCUGACCCGACGCUGACAGAUCGCCACGGCAACACGGUCCUUCACCUGGCGGCGCAGCAGGAAGGAGACGGGAUGGUGGAGCUUCUACUGCGACGCAGAGAGAUGAGAGGCAUGAUGCAGCUCAGCAACACAGGAGGUCUGUGUGCCAUCCACCUGGCGGUGUUGGCCAAUCGGCUGGCGGCGCUGAGGGAGCUGCUGGUGGGCGGGGCCGACGUAGAGGCUCAGGAGCGCAGCGGCGGCCGCACCGCGCUGCACCUCGCCACGGAGGCCGACAACGUGUCGCUGGCCGGCUGCCUGCUGCUGGAGGGAAACGCCAAGGUGGACAGCUGCACCUUCAACGGCUCCACCCCCCUGCAUGUGGCCGCGGGGCGGGGCUCCGUCAAGCUGACGGCUCUGCUGAUGGCUGCAGGUGCCGACCCGCACAGGGAGAACUUUGAGCCGCUCUUCAUCAGGGACGAGGAAGAGGAGGACAAUGAGGAGGAGGAGGAGGAUGAAGGCUACAUCUCAGGAACCACUCCAGUCAACAUGGCCGCCUCCCCUGAGGUUCUGGAUCUUCUAAAUGGUCAGGAAUACGAACCCAGGAGCCAGCGAGCCUUCAUCCCGCCGCAGGGCGACCUGUCGGUUCUGGACGUGCAGGUGAAGCGGGCCGUGUGCGGCGCUCUGGAGGCUGAAGGAUGCUGGGAGAACCUGGCUCACCAUCUGGGCCUCGGCAUCCUGAACACGGCGUUCCGGCUGAGUCCAAACCCGGCCAGAACCCUGCUGGAGAGCUACGAGGUUUCUGGUGGAACCGUUUCGGACCUGCUGGCGGCUCUCCGGUCGGCCGGCGGCUGCAGAGCGCUGAGCGUCCUGGAGGGGGCGCUGCGCCAGAACCCGGACAUGGCAGAGGAGGUCCAGAACCCUCCGGUCCAGAACCUGAAGCGGACCUCGGGAACGACAGCGGCGUCUGCGACAGCGGGGUGGAGCUCUCCACGGCGUAGCGCUCUGAUUGGCCAGCAUCCUCAUCCUCCUCUUCAUCAGAUUCUCAUCUAUUUUAAGGAACUGCUGACACAACUGGACCGGGCCGGGUCGGACCGGACCGGACUGCUGAACUCUGAUCUCUACUGACAGGAAAGAAAAGCUGCUUCCUGUUUCUUCCCAGAACCGACGGUGCUACAAACCCUGACCGGGUCCGAACAGAUCAGAACCUCCCAGCUCCAGUUGGAUCAGAACCGCCUUCAUUUGGAUGAGAACCACAUGAUCAGCAGGGAGUCGCAGCAUCUGGAAGCUCAUUGGAACAUUCUGGACCUGGUUCUGCUGGCCCAGAUUCAAACCCAGAACCAGAACCGGAGGGGAUUCUUCUCCUGGUUCCAUCUGAAACCAGUAAAUUAACUCACUUAGAUUAACGGACGCAGGUUUUCAGUGUAAACUUUCUGGUUGGAUUCCAUUUUGGUUUUGGCAUCAUUUUCCUUCCUACGGGAAAACAUUCUGCUCAAUGUUGUUUAACAGAAACACAGCAAAGAUUAAAUAUAGGGUUUUAAAAAGCUGCAACAUUUGUGGCCUGAGCUGAAACAUCUUCAUCAUCAUCAUCACACCGAGAUGUUCUUCAUCAUCAGAACCAGAACCGGCUGUUCUGGACUUGUGGACCGGUUUCAUGUUUUCCGAUUCCAGAAUGUUCUGCUGAGCUUCUCUGCGGCCCGAACGUUCCUCUGCAGACCGGAUCCGGAUCCCGGACCGGAUCCAGGCCCGGAUUCCUGACCAGAUCCUGGACCGGAUCCAGGCCUGGAUCCUGGACCGGAUCCAGGCCCAGAUUCCUGACCAGAUCCCGGACCGGAUCCAGGCCCGGAUCCUGCACCGGAUUCCUGACCACCUUCUCCUCUCUGCAUGUCUUUGGAUUCAUUUCUGAACAGAUUCAGUUCUUUUUCAUGAACUGAACUUCUGGUUUCUUCCUGGAUAAAGAAAACCACAGGGGAUUGUGGGAAAUGUAGUCCAGGUGUUGGCGUCCCCGUUUCCGCAUAUUUAUGUCCCGCCUGCGCUGUACAGUUCUUCAUCAUCAUCAUCCUCUGUAACUGGUUGUUCAUUUUUUUAAAUAAAAGUUUUUUUUAUAUUUUCA